GAUUCUCUCAAUAUUUGGAAUCUUUCUCAUGCCAUCAUCCUUAUCCUUACCUUAGCAAGCAGCUACUUCUCUAUAUUAUAUUAAUACUUAAACAAGCCAACCAACAAAUCUCAGCUCUAACUUUCACACUCACUCUCAAACAGAGCCUUCAGGUGGAGAAAGCUCCCAUGGACACCAGAAGCUUUCUGCGUUUCUUCUUUCUCACCCUCUGCAUAGCCGUAGCCCUCCUCUUCACCUGGGCCCACCUCCCUUACGGGCCCCCCUACGCCGCCGACCUCCUCGACUGCUCCACCAACUCGGCCUGGUGCUCCUCCAAAAACCGCCUCCAGUCCAAACCCCCCAGCCCCACACGCCGCCUCCGCGACCACGCCUCCGACGCCCCCCACCAUCCUCUCGACCCCCUCACUCUCCCAGAGAUCACCGCCGUCCGCUCCAUCCUCUACUCCCAUGCGCUUUUCGCCUCCUCCUCCUCCCACGCGCUCCAUUCCGUCGACCUCCAAGAACCCGACAAGUCCCUCGUCCUCCGCUGGCAGCACGGCGACCCCCUCUUUCCUAGAAAGGCCACCGUCGUCGCGCGUGUGGAUGACAUGUCGCACGUUCUCACCGUUGACUUGACUACCCGCGAGGUGACCGUGGAAGACACCGCCUCCCACACCGGUUACCCGACGAUGACGCUGGAGGAGAUGACCGCGGCCACGUGGGUUCCGCUCAUGAACGCGGAUUUCAACCGCACGAUCGUCCAGCGCGGGGUUGAUCUGACGGAUCUGGCUUGCCUGCCGCUUUCCACGGGGUGGUACGGCAAGGUGGAGGAGAAAAGGAGGUUGAUUAAGGUGCAGUGCUACUCCACCAAGGAUACUGUGAACUUCUACAUGAGGCCAAUCGAAGGGUUGACUGUGCUGGUUGACUUGGACACCAAACAAGUGUUGGAGAUUUCGGAUAAGGGCCGGAGCAUCCCCAUACCAAAGGCCGCCAAUACAGACUAUAGGUACUCGGCCCACAAGCCCAAUGAAGUUCUCAAGCUGCUGAAGCCCAUAUCCAUAGAGCAGCCCAAUGGACGGAGCUUUACUGUGGAGGAUGAUCACUUGGUCAAAUGGGCAAAUUGGGAAUUUCACUUGAAACCCGAUGCCCGGGCGGGUGUGAUCGUGUCUCGGGCCAAAGUCCGUGACCCGAACACCGGGGAAUUUAGGGAUGUGAUGUACAAAGGGUUUACGUCGGAGUUGUUCGUGCCUUACAUGGACCCCACUGAUGCAUGGUACUUCAAGACUUAUAUGGAUGCAGGCGAAUAUGGGUUCGGAUUGCAGGCCAUGCCUCUUGAGCCGCUUAAUGAUUGCCCACGCAAUGCCUAUUAUAUGGAUGGUGUGUUUGCAGCAGCCGAUGGAACACCGUACGUCCGAUCGAACAUGGUUUGUGUGUUCGAGAGCUAUGCGGGUGAUAUCGCGUGGCGGCACACAGAAUGUCCGAUAACGGGUAUGCAGAUUAGAGAAGUAAGGCCGAAGGUGACUUUAGUGGUCAGAAUGGCAGCAUCAGUGGCUAACUAUGACUAUAUCAUCGACUGGGAGUUUCAAACAGAUGGACUAAUCAGAGCCAAGGUUGGACUGAGUGGGAUUUUGAUGGUGAAAGGCACCUCCUAUGAGAAUGUGAACCAAGUGUCUAGCCCAGAGAAUCUCCACGGAACACUCUUGUCAGAAAACGUUAUUGGCGUUAUUCAUGACCAUUACGUCACAUUUUAUCUUGAUAUGGACGUGGACGGCUCAGAUAACUCCUUUCUGAAAGUGAAUCUCCAAAGGGAGCAAAACUCUCCAAAUGAGUCACCAAGGAAAAGCUACUUGAAAGCUACUAAAACCGUGGCCAAAACAGAAAAAGAUGCACAGGUUAAGCUAAAACUCUAUGACCCAUCCGAAUUCCAUGUGAUCAACCCAACAAAAAGGACCCGGGUCGGAAACCCGGUCGGGUAUAAAUUGGUCCCUGGUGGCACUGCUGCUAGCUUGCUUGAUCUAGAUGACCCUCCCCAAAAGAGAGGUGCUUUUACAAACAAUCAAAUUUGGGUUACCCCAUACAAUAGGAGUGAGCAAUGGGCUGGUGGGCUGCUCGUUUGCCAAAGUCAAGGUGAAGAUACCCUAGCCGUCUGGUCCGACAGGGACCGGCCAAUCGAGAACAAGGAUAUUGUUCUCUGGUACACAUUAGGGUUUCAUCACAUACCAUGUCAAGAAGACUUCCCUAUAAUGCCGACGGUGUCAUCUAGCUUUGACCUAAAGCCUGUGAAUUUCUUUGAGAGCAACCCCAUACUUCGAACUCCACCUAAUGUUGAGACAGAUCUGCCUGUUUGCGUCGCUGCUGCUUCAGCUUAAUUAAGCAAUGAACAUCAAGUGCCUCGAAAGAUAUUUCUGAUCAGCUACUUGUAGAAAGUUACCUAAAAAAUGUGCCAAUUUAGGGCUUGCAUGAAAUCAGCUUGAUGUAACGACUAACAAGAAGUUGUACUGAAACCGAUGUGGCCAAGAAUAAAAGAUCGAUGAGUGGAGUUAGUGGGAAUCUACAUUAUGUACAGAGGCCAUUAUGUAAGAAAUUAGAUUUAGCGAUGAUGGAAUCUCACUUGAAGGUUCCAAGGCUCUUAUAUUGAUAUUUAAUAUACCACUAAUUUUAGUGGUACGUUAUUUAACCUUA